AUGAACUUGUGCCCGCCAUCCAUCGACAGGUACAUCAAGAACCUCACGUCGUCAUACACCGAGAAGAGCAACGAGGCGAGCAUGGUGUCCGCCUCCGUCAUUAUGUUCGUGCUCGCCGGCCUCUUCUUCAACCUCAACCUCUUCAGCGGCAUCUCCGAUGUGAGCGCCACGCUGGACCCCAAAGUGCGGCUCUUCCUCUCGUCGGCGCUCUCCCUCCUGCUUCCCGUCAUGUCCUACCUCUUCUCCGAGGCCAAGAACGCCGCCGUCGGCGCCAGCUUCUCGUCAUCGGCGACGAGCGGCCGUGCGGCGGCCGAGCUGUCGAUGGGGGCCGGGCUGAUCCUCGCGUGGAUGCUCCUGGUGGAGCUCCUCCCCAAGAAGGUGGACGAGAUCUGCAUGCGCGGCUUCUCCGGCUCCAUCCAGCGCGCCGGCCGCGUCGUCUGGCUGGGAAGCCUCGUCUUCUUCAACAUCAGGAGCACCGGCCGGAAGGCGCUGUUUGCCAUCCUCUGGAUCCUCUGUGCCACCAGGGUCGUGCAGAGGAUCGCCUACACUGAGAUCGGCAAGAACUCGUACGCCCAUGGCAAGAACGCCCGCCUCAUCAACUCGUACAUGGCCAAGAAGCUGAAAGAAGCUGAUGAUGAGCAUCAGGCUGCCGCUGCCGCCCAGGGUGCUUGCAAUGACGACGACGUCGAGCAAGCUCCCGGCCAGGUCAAAAAUGGACGGGAGCUACUGAAGAGCUGCACCUACAUCGUCAUGGGAGAAGACAAGCUGGUGCAGCAGCCAACCGCAGACGACUACGAGCUGAACAUGGCCGCCAUUGACGGUGACAGUGGCGUCGUCACUGUCGGCAAAGUCUGGGAGCUCAACGAGAACGACGAGAUCUUCACCUCCCCCAGCGAGGUUCAGCGACUGAAGAGACUCUGCCUCUCGUUCGCUCUCUUCAAGCUGCUGCGCCGGAAGUUCGAGCGGCUGCCGGCGGUGACCGACAAAGAGGCAGAGGACUGCCGGAGCCUCAUCUUUAGAGGCCUGCUGCAAAGCCACAGCAGCAACGCCGGUGGUACCAGCACCGCGGCGGCCGCGGCAGAGGACGUGUUCCAGGUGAUGAACGACGAGGUCGUCUUCCUGAGCGAGUACUACCACUCCGUCGUGCCCGUCGUCCUCGCGAGCCCCUUCUUCCUCUUCGUGAACUACUUCCUCGUCCUUCGCCGUGGUGGCCGCGCUAUCGCCAUCUGCCUCAUCGUCAAGGCCAAGAACUCGCCGGAGGCCUUCUUCUCCAUCGUGGACCUCUCCAUCACGCUGCUCCUGUUCGUCAUCUACUUCUACGAGGAGAUCUGGGAAUUCUUCGUCUUCCUCCUCUCCAACUGGUUCAUGGUAUCACUGGUCUGCAGCUACAUGGCUAAGCCCCACUGGCGUGACAGCCCAUGGAUCCGGUACGCCUUCCACCGGAUCAUCUGGCUGAGGAGCAUGCUCAACCAUGGCAGCCUCAGCUUCCGGCAGUUCUCCGUGCUGCACCAUCGCUGGCCACUCGGACUGCCGUUCUUCUCCACGCCGUCCUUGGUUCUCAGAACAGAGCUGGUGCCCAAGAACCUGAAGCACUCCAUCAUAGAACGCCUCUUGGAUUUGGACCAUGGCCAUUGCACUGGUGGUAGCAUUGCGUAUCUUACUCCUCUUUCGAAUGGCAAGGCCGCUCUGCAGAGCAACUUUCUCUUCGACAAGCUCUCGUGUAUAGUGAAGUCUGGUCAGCAGCGGGGAGAUGAAGCGGCGGCGCAGAGAACGGCGGUGAGGCUGUCCAAGUACUGCGCGUACCUGGUGGCCUUCCACCCGGAGCUUCUGCCGGACAGUCCGGAGAAGACGGAGCGUGUCGUCGACGACAUGAAGGCGGAGCUGGGCGGCAUCUUCUGGUGCUGGGAGUACUACCUGUUCCCCCAGAGCGCACGAGCGAAGAAGAUCAUGGACGCAGCAACGUCUACAGGUAGUGAUCAGGUGAACGGGGUUGUCAGAAAUGGUGGGAAGCUGGGGAGCUUGCUGGUUGGUUUCCUAGUAGCUGAUGCAUGGAAGGUGUUGGCGGAUGUGUGGACGGAGCUCAUCGUCUUCGUGGCGCCGUCGAGCGACGAGGAGCGCGUCAAGGGGCACCAGGACGUGCUGGUGCAAGGAGGCGAGUUCAUCACCGUGCUCUGGGCGCUGACCACGCACAUCGGCGUGUCUCACGGUGCCAACAAGUUACCGGUGAAAACUUUAGAAGACCUGAUGGGUGAAUCCAUGCGUAAUGCACCCCACAUUGCCCCCGAGAUAAGCAUCAUGUAG